ACUCAGUGACCCAUGCUCGACUUCUGUUUUUGACCAAAUGGAUGACGAUGACCGCCGUAUAGAGCAAUAUCACCAAAACUAUCAACAACAGCACGAGAUCAAUAAUUACAACAGCGUGUGUGGAAAGAAAAGUUGGCGAAAAAAACAGUAUGUCUACAAACACCGAUUACAACAAAAACCGAAUAGUUAUGGAAGUGUAAAAGGAUUAUCGUCGAUCGCAUUGACGCCAGGCAGAUCUGGAAGAAUGCAGCAUCCACAUCGGGCCUGGUCUGAGAGCGAUGGGUUGGAUCAGUGUGGUGGUAGCCUUGCUCAACAAUAUCGAAAUCUGCAAAAACCUCAAUUGCUACCACCCCCACCUAUACCUUAUUAUUGUGCUGCAGAAGCGGCCGCAUCGGGUUUUGUACAGUACGUGCACAAGAAUCCUGGUGGCUGGUGGACACGAACUAAAAACAAGCGACGUAGAAGACGGUAUAGGAAUAUAAAACGAAAGCCAAGUGAAAAGACUACUUCAAUCGUAGAUCGCCAUCGAAGUUCUAGUGCUGGUGGAAAUGGCUGUACCAUUACUGAUGAUGAGAAUAGUGACGGUUCAGGUUCGGGAUCAAACUCUGACCAUGGUGAAUACAACUCUGAUGAACAAGAUAGUGAUGGUGAAUUUAUUGGCAUGCUUGCUGCUGCCGCGGCUUUUGGCCAAGACCCUGACCGAGAAUGGUCACAAUUUGGAAAUGCUGGUGACCCUGUAGCUGAUUGGGACAAAUAUGACUUUGAGAGUGACUCAUCAUUAGAACAGGAAGAUGAUGAUAUGGUUGAAUGGACCACCGAGAUUAUGGCCACUGAUAUGAGGCGUAAACAAUCACAUCAAAACUUAGCUAUACCGUCAAGGAUAGUACACGAUAAUUAUUUACAUUUUUGUGAUGCACAAUCACUGACACCUGUCUUUACAAACCGUCAACUACAUCAUCAAUCAAGACAGGAACUCAUUGGUCAUCAACAGCAAUUCAAUCGGCCACUACCGCUACCACAAUUCCGACCUCAGCCACUUGAACCUCCUCCACCUCCACCUGCAUUGAGCGUCGCAUUUACUGCAGUAGCUUGUCCAUGGUGGACAGUGCUAGAAGACGUACUGCACGUGAAUGCCAAAACUUCUGGAGAUCCGUCGUCAUCAAAUAAAACAGGCAUGUGGUUACCUCUCUUGACGUUUGAUUAACUAUAAACCGCAUUAAACCACUUUAUUAAAGUUGAAUUCAUCGAUAAAGAAAAUCAAUGAAAUAAAAAUAUUUAAUUUGGUGAAUUCGUUGAAAAUCACCAAUCAUGCCCCUGAGCUGCGGUGGCGUAAACUUCACUACUUUCUAGACGACUGUAAAUAUAAAUUAAACAUGUUUCCAUCAUGGAAUUUAAAUUUUGUCCUAUUUGAGAAGCAAGAAGAACAUGGUGGAUAAACAUUGGACAGCGAGUAAUUAGUUUAUCAAUUAUUGAGCUUUUACAAUAUGUAUAUAAGUAAUUUGUAUAUAAAACUGUAUUGAUAAA